AACGACUAUAUAAUAAAACAAAAGAUUGUUAAAAACAAAAAAACAAAAAAACAGAAAUGACCAAAUGGAAUGUGAUAAUGGUGAUAAUAAUGGUGAUGAUUGCUGCUGCAAUGAGAGGAGAAGCAAAGCAAAGACAAAGAUGGACUUGGAUAGGUUGCUUUCGGUAUUGUUCUCGCAAUUGCAGUGAUUUCGAUGGAAAUUGCUAUGAAGGUUGUAAGAUCAGAUGUGGUGGUCCUACCCCUUCAAAAUCUAACUUAAGGUAG